GCCGUGCGCGUCCCCUCGUGCCACCCGCUCUCCCCGGGACCCGCCGGGCAGGGACUGUCGGCUCCGGGCAGCCCAACCAGCCUUCGCACACGCUCGCUUUAGUUUUAAAUGCACUCGGCUUAGGAGGGUUCCACCCGUUAGGAGGAUCUGGAGCCCAAAUGGAGGCUCCGGGCGCUGUGGGGCACGACCUCGCGAGGUCCGGAGCGCCCCUGCGCGGGGAGCGUGGGCCCUGCGGGCAGAGGGCCUGGCGGAGCGGCAACCCCGCGGGUGGCUGCUUUCCCGGCAUUUGGGACAAGGUCGGCCCGCCCGGCCCGCAUCCCGGGUCCCCGGCGCUGCAACCCCAGGAAGUGAGGUUUUGUUAUCCCGGCCUGCUCGCCCCGAAGGUUCUAGACUUCGAACUUCAGCCCCUCCGGCCAGCAGAGGCGCGGCGCCUUUAAGGACUCGACCCACCCAAUCAGGUGACCAAGCCGUCGCUUAGCAACGGGACGCCGCGCGACCCAGGCGGCGCGGGCUGCGGAGAGGCUGUGCCUGGCCUUUCUCGUCUCCCCCGUGCAGCUCCGUGGACGGCGGGAUGUCCAGCGAGAACCCCGGAGAGAGCGCGGAGCCCGUGGUGAGCGCGGAGCCCGUGGAGCCCGCGGCCCAGGCCCCCAUGGAGAAGACCAGCGACUUCUACCGCGUGGAUGCGGACCUGCCGGCCAGGUUCAACCACCCGGCGUGCUUCCGGGGCUACAGGAGGAACAAGGAGCCGGUCUCGGUGUACAGGACCAGUAACCAGGCCUACGGCGGCCGAGCGCCCACCGUGCACGAGAUGCCGAAAGCAUUCUAUGCGUGUUCAAAUAGCUUCUCCAGACAACUGGCAGCUGCUGGAAUGUUCCGGAACACUUCUUUCAACGUCCACGUGGAGAAGAGCACCGUGUCGGGCGCCGACAACUGCAUCACCUCCUACAACCGGCUGAACUUCCACCCCAGCUACAACGUCCGCAGGCCCUCCAUCUGCAACGACUGAGGCCGGCGGCCGCCCCCCUCCCCGUGGCUGCCCGGCGCUCGCUGCUGCCCCUCCAAACGCCUUUCCUCUGUGCGGCCCCUUUUCCCGGCGGACAGCUGAGCGGGGAGGGGCCGCUGCCUUGUCUUUGCAUUAAAAUGUUGCCCCAUC